AUGUUUGUUGAGACAUCAUUCCUAAGUUUUAGGAAUAGACUAUCAUUGAGUGGUCGCCAACAACAAGCCACAGACGACCAUGAUGACGAUGAUAUCAAGAGUGAUAACAUUAAUAAUAGAUAUGGCGAUCCAGAGGUCUUUUAUAAGUUCCCAGCACCAAUAACACCAAAGAUAUUCUAUGUGUUGCUGUUCUCUACAUUUGGAAGCAUGCGCGCCUACGUCCCAUUGUUCCUACGCUCGAUCAACUUUAGUGCCACACUGAUUGGCAUCACUCUGUUCUUUCCACCAUUCUGCCAGUUCUUCAGUAGUAUAAUAUCAUCUGGUCUGUGCGACAAGUAUCAAUGUCAUCGACGUGUUGCCAUAAUCACUACACUUGGCUCAUCUGCACUUGUUCUCAUGCUAUACUUUGUUCGCGUUCCAAUCAUUGUCAUACUCAUAAUCAUACUCAACUCCAAUGUCUGGUCUCCACUCCUUCCCAUCCUCGACUCUACAACCUAUAAGAUACUUGGUCAUCGACGUGAACUGUAUGGAAAGCAAAGGAUGUUUGGAAGUAUUGGAUUUGGAGUGACUGCUUCAUGCAUUGGCCUGGCAUCACAGGCAUUUGGAACUCAACGUCUAUUCAUCUUGGUAUACUCCACUUUCAUGUUUAUCCUAUCAAUAGCAUUCUAUGUUCUAUACUUUGACAAACCAAUGGACUCUAUCACCUCAUCUGACGAAAGUUUAAUCAAUAAUGGUGACAUUGAAUUGGAAUGCAAGCCUUUGGAAGACAAGUCCGAGGCUGAUGAUGUCUUGGCCAACAAUGAUCCAAUCACUAUUGAUCAAGAUGGAGCCAACUCUGGACCAGACGAAGCACAUUCAUUCAUAAUCAAUGAUAAUGACAUUGACAACAACUUGACAGAGGAUAAUAAUGAUAGUGAUGAUGCAUCACCUCAAGGAGUCGUGAUGGACACGCCACAAAGUCCUCAGAUACUUCAAGAGCCUCCACAACAUUUUACAAGGGCACUGAUCGUGCUUCUAUCCAACAAAAGGAUGUUACUAUACCUCCUCAAUGUAAUGGUCAUAGCAGUUGGAAUGGCUAUGAACAACAACUUCCUUGGUCUCAUCGUGACCCAUGAUCUCCAUGGUUCCACCUCAAUCAUUGGUAUCGCAUCAGCAAUCAAUGUUGUAUUUGAGAUAAUAUUGUUCUUCUUUGGAAAGCAAUUGAUUAAUAAGCUUGGAGUAUAUAGACUUACUAUCACAGCACAUGUAGUACUGUUGAUAAGAGUGAUGUAUUACAUGGCAGUGAUCAAGUUAAAGGCAAGUCCAUGGAGUAUAUUGCCAAUUGAGUUACUGCAUGGUAUUAUAUUCCCAUGUAUUUGGAAUGCCGCUUCAAGAACAUGUUCGGACUUGGCACCCAAGGGACUCGAGACAACCAGUCAGUCUCUACUAUUUGGAAUCUAUAUGGGAUUGGGAGUUGGAGUUGGAUCAUUGGUUGGAGGUCGUAUCUACGAUAAGUUUGGUCCAUUUGCAAUGCGUACACCAUCAUGGAGACAACUAGAGGAUCAAGAUCAAGAUCAUCAUGAGAAUGAGAAUGAGCAUGUAUCAUCUUCAUCUUCUUCUUCUUCAUCAUCAAUGGAUGACAUUACCAAAGUUGAUCAAAGUAGUAGUAGUAGUAGUAGUCUCCAACAACAACAACAAUAA